AUGUGGGACAAAGUUCACUCGGACAGGCUGGAAAUGCUUGUGCAGGUAGCACUGUGCCUCGUGCUGUCCCGCAUCCAAGUGCGGAAUUCCCGACAUGUGCACUGGGAACAGCCCAAGGGUUCACUCAUGCUAAGACUGCCGUAUGUCCAAGAGAUCUUCCAAUACAUGCUCAUGGCCCAACCAGACCUUUGUGAUGCCGGUAAUCUGAGGGAUCCCAUAAACCAGAAACCCAUUCGUAAAGGGCUUAACAUAGCAACGACAUCACAACAGAUGUUUGCCACUCUAGAUCCACUGCGAUGCAACGGUCAGCAUGAACAUCAGGUCAUAGAAGGCUCCACCUUUGCACAUGGACAAUCAAUGCCUCGUUCAGUGUUUUCUGAGUUUUACCCUCGCAAGUUUGCCCGAAUAAUUGCCAAGGUCGUGACAAAAGUGAGAUUUCCAAAUGAACGUCCUUUGGGCCCAGUGUAUGAUCCCAUCCUGUGCAUGUUUGAUCAAGUGUUGACCUUGAACUCACGACCCAGCAAGCGGCCGAGAUUGGGACCAAGUCGGUCUCUUAAAGCCAAGACUGCCGACAGAUCACUCAAUGCACCAGAUGAUGCCAAAAGACUGAAGACUGUUGAGAAGGAAUCAGAACAACCCAUGGUGAACAUGUCCAGUCCUGCCGAUGCACAAGAAGUCAUGUCCAUGGUUGAGCCAAUGUUGCCUCGAGUUGGUCGCAAAGAAAUAGAUCAGCCUAAUGUUCUUCAACUGGUUCAGAAAGUUUUUCCUGAUAAGAGGGUUGUGAAAGUCAUAGCAUGCAAAGGCACCGAGAGAGCCUUAGGUCCUCCGAAAAACUUGAAUCCCAGAGAAGCGCCAUAUCGUAGGGCAAUCAUGAAAUCAAGAACUGACUUGAAAGUGUACUGCCAAGAACAGUGGGAACAAUAUGAUCAGAUCUCAAACCGUCAAAUCAACAAGAAAUUGCAUCCGUGCAGAGUGAAUAUAACUGUCUUUGCAGCGAACCUGGAAGGUUCUGGAUCCGCCAGCGGUAGAAAUGCGAAUGCUGAGGCAGUAGCAGUGCCAGUUGUCAAAGCCACCGAGCCAAAUGUGGAUCCUCCCAAAUCAGACAAAGAACAAAAUGGUGAGACAGUUGACAUAGAUGUGCAACAUAGAGAUGAACAACCUGAGAUUUCCGAACGUGCCACUUUUCAGCCUGAUCAGGGAGUGUCCCAUCCAAGCAGUGCUGAGGGUGUACAGGACGUAGAAAGUCAUGGGCCGAGAUUUAAAGCACUACCCCGUGAAGAACAGGCCAUGCUGAAACGUGCUCAUCAGAAUCUUUGUCAUCCAAGUCCAGAGCAGUUAAGCACAGCUUUGCGAAAUCAAGGAGUACGUCCAGAAGUGUCACAGGCGGUGUUUGACAUGUCAUGUCCUGUUUGUGCCAAAACUCAGAAACCAAAAAUUGCUCGUCCCAGCACAUUGAAAUGUGAGCUGGACUUCAAUGAUAAGGUGUUUCUUGAUGGUAUCACAUGGACCAGUCAAUCCGGUAAGACAUUUCAUUUCUAUCACCUGAUAGAUCAAGCCACGAACUUCCAUGUUGCUGUGCCAGCUCCAAACCGAUCAGCCGAGAGUGCCAUUCAGUGUGUCACCGAAUCAUGGCUUCAGUGGGCAGGACCUCCUAACAGUUUGAUCACAGAUUCAGCAACAGAAUUUACAAGUGAACUGUUUGGAAAUUUCAUGCAACGCCACGACAUCAAGCCUGUGACCACUGCGCCAUAUGCACAUUGGCAGAAUGGCCGUUGCGAACGUCAUGGUGACAUUUUGCAACACAUGCUCAUGAAAAUUGACCUUGAAAUGCCAAUUAACUCAUAUGAUGAACUUCACCAAGCUUUAGUCCAAAGCACUCAUGCCAAGAACACUCUUAGCAUUAGAAAGGGGUAUUCUCCUGAAGUUUUGGUGUUUGGAAAGGGGUCACGGUUGCCAGGGUCAAACAUGAGCAGCGAAAGUGAAUCCUCCAUGGCAAGUGCUGAUCGUGCUGAUGGACAUGGAAUAUCAUUCCGCCGAGAUCUGGCACUUCGCGAGAGAGCACGAACCGCAUUCCAUCAAGCUGAUAACGACAUGGCCCUCAGAAGAGCUUUUCUCCGUAGAACAAGACCUGAAAGAAAAUCAUACAGUCCUGGAGAAUGGAUCAUGAUGUGGCAACCAACACAGCUAGGUGGACACUGGUUCGGACCUCUGAAGGUAGUGUCACAGGAAGAUCGAAAUGCAGUAUGGGCCACACAAGGUGGCAAGUUGCACCGCCGGGCACCCGAACAUGUUCGUCCGGAUCAACCAGACAAUGAACCAGAAGCCAGCACACCACAUGACAACCACAGUGAACUCACACAGGAUCCAGCAGUUGAAACACCAGUGCCAGAACUUCCAUCCGAUGAUGAACUUGUAACCACACAUAUCCUUUGUUGUGAAGAAGAGAUUCUGACAGUAGAUCCAAUGGAAACUCCGUGUGCCUGGAGAUGUGAACUUGAAGUGCCUACGACUGUGUGCAUGGACCAUGCCAGGACUUGGACUGCCGAUGAAAUCUUGUUGGCCACAGCUGACAAACGUCAGCGCACUGAGGGGAAACCUCAAAAGAACCGGAUCAUUGGUCUUGAGCCAGUUCCAGAACUGGCCAAAGCUAUGAAGCUGAAAGAAACAGAAGUUUGUAAGCUAGAGAAGUCUGCGUACGGUCUCAUCGAUGCACCGCACCCUGACACACAGGCACUGGCGGGAAUUCUCGGUGUCCACGUGGACGAUGGAAUCCAUGGAGGUACUCAAAAACAGGGCUUCAGCACGCAACAGGCUGAAAUGGCUCAGUACACCAGUUUAGGUCUCUACUUUUCCAUAGGCAUGUAUGCUCGAGAGAGCCCUGGAGACGUGGUGGGAGGGUCAUUUGCCUUGGCCAUAGCUACUGGAGACCGGCCACAGCUUCCUUGCGCGCUGCGCGGCUUCACCCUUGCUGUCAGCCGCGGAGGCCGGGGGUGCUGGCCGGAAGUUGCCAAAGACAUUGGAGCUGGAGAGAUGCCUCGUUCCUUGAGCUUCACGGCCACCAGCUCUGAACUCUUGGAUGGCGUGCUGCGCAACAUCCGCUGCGCACGCUGCCAGCAAUGCCCUGAAGGCGGACGUCUGGCACGGUCGGUAGCCGGUGAUGGUUGCUGCGAGAACAGCUGUGUGGUGGUCUUGCUACUUCAGGCUUUAGCCUUUCCAGCCGACUUUGAAGAGGUCACCAGCUGCUCCUUCUCCCUGCUGUUCUACUUCCGCGCCUAUCAGCUCUUCCAGGACCGUUCCACAACAUGUUAG